UCGCUGCGUGGCUACUAUUGACUCAUGUGCUCGUGGCCCUCUUGCUGCUCUGUCCAUAGCUUCGAACUGAGCCCGCUUGUUCUAAUGUCAUUUCCUCGCUGUUGAAAAUGUUUACCCAAUGGCCUCCGUUGUCACCACUCGCCCCUUCAAGCCUCUCCCCGUUCCGCAGGCUCUUGGAUUCGGACUGAAGGCGCGAUAUACGCCCGUCGAAAAUGUUCCCACCCUCUUCGAUCACAAAUUCCUAGCCGACCGUUACAGCCCCAAACGAGCCGCCGUUACAGAUUAUUACUCGAGACUUGCACCAGACGUGCUUCGAUGGCGUGUCAUCUCCAAUGCUAGCAUCAAAAAGGUCCCCAAGGCCGUGUUGCGCAAUCGACUCAAGCGGAGAUGGGCCAGUGCCUUUACGGAAGCCCUGAAGAAAGCCGGAUACUACCAUAACGGCAGGAAGCGUUCUGGACCCAAGGAUGGCAAAAACUACAUCCCCGGCCUCAAGGGUACUCUCGAAAUCCUGGUCUUCUCAGAACGUGGCAUCAGCUGUCCUCACGGCGAGCUUGUUGGUGCAUGUGGUGCUUUACUGAAGUCUCUACAGCGAAAGAAACAGCACCUAGACACCACGAGUGUCGACUCUGCGGCAGAGAAGAAGUCUCAAGAGGAUACAGCAGACACCGAAGACGGUGAGGAUGUGCCGUCCUCCAUGUGGUCACUUUGGGGGCGAAAGCUCUUCUGAAGGAACAAUCUGUAAAAUAUGUGAUACCCUGUACAAUCACAGUUCGGCGCGGAGAAUUUACAUGUCAAAUCAAGCAUAUCAGCUUAAACCACGGGUGCCUAUUGUUUUAUCGAAGUUCCUUCGAGGGAGCCCUCUUUCCGUCCCUCGCCUGAAUUACUCACGCUCGAUUGAGCGAGGUAUCCUCCGCCGGCCCUCGCUCUCAUACUCCUUCGCCACCGAAAAGCGUCGAAUAUUCCACUGUCGAAAGAGGAAACCGAAAAGGUUCCUGGAUGGAUACAUGAUGACCGUCUUGUCGCCCUGUUCGGUGUUUGUUAGACCCUGUCUGAUGUACUAUUUCGAGGUGGACGGUGUAGGCGAUGUUCCAGGAGGCGGAACAACAACUGGGCCAUCAUAAGCCAGCCGUUAUUCUAUGGUCCCAAGGUGGAAAAGCCAGUUAAGACCAAAGCAAUCACAGAUGGCAAAAAUGGAAUCAGGUCUGUUCUGUUCAAGCCGUCCCAGAGUUGGAGCGUUGUAUUUGCCCGUGCGCACACAAAGCCGAAGAGAUUUCAGUGACUCUACCUCUCCCUGCAAUAAUAUGAAGUAGAGUGAGGAGAACGCGGCACAGAGUAGAUUUGAACAUGCAGCGUGUCAAGUCCUUAUUUCGAAGGGAACCCGAUCUUCGAGCAACAAGAGGAC